GAGUUUACUUCACUGGUCUUUUGCGAGAGAUAAGUUUCUUCUCUGGGCUUAGGGUUUUGAUUGGGAACGAAAGCCAUCAGCCCCGUUGUGAUUGGUUGAAACUUCGCCUUAUAUCUUAAAAACAUUAUGGAACAGGAAGAGUAUCGUUGUUUUAUUGGGAACCUUUCGUGGUCAACAUCUGAUAGAGCUUUGAAGGAAGCAUUUGAAAAGUUUGGCCAUCUUAUUGAGGCAAAGGUUGUUCUUGACAAGUUUUCUGGUCGUUCUCGUGGAUUUGGGUUUGUUUCAUUUGAUGACAAGAGAUCAAUGGAAGAUGCUAUUGAAGAAAUGAACGGUAUGGAUUUAGAUGGGCGAUCUAUUACUGUUGAUAAAGCUCAGCCGAAUCAGGGCUCGGGUAGAGAACGGGAGGGGGACCGGGACCGGGAUCGGGACCGUGGUCGUGAUCGUGAUCGGGACCGUGGUCGUGAUCGUGAUUAUGCUAGUGGACGAGGAUCAAGUGGUGGGGAGUGCUUCAAAUGUGGCAAACCUGGACAUUUUGCCAGGGAGUGUCCAUCCAGUGAAGGAGGAAGGGGAGGUAGAUAUGGUGGGAGAGAUGAUAGAUAUGGAGGUGGUGGUGGUGGCGGUGGUGGCGGUGGCAGUCGGUAUGGGCCCGAUCGUAAUGGGGAUCGCUUCAGUGGGCGGAACAGAGAUGGUGGUAGUCGUGGAGGGUCAGGAAAUGAUAGAUCUAAUCGUGAUCGUUCUGGUCCAUACGAGCGCCCUGGACCAGGGGGGUUUCGUUCUUGAUGAAGUGAGUUCUCUGAUACAUGAUGUCUCAAGUGAAGCUAGUGCUGGUGUAAACGGAUUGUCAACAUCAAAUGAUAGUUUGGUCGAUAAUUUCUUCUCUUUUUCAAAUCUCUUGUCUGUGAAACACUUUUAUGCCAGUUUCAGGAUUGGUAUGUGCUUGCUUUGUUCAACUGUUUUCAGUUUGUUUGAGUUGCUCUUGUUGCAUACUGGGAUUAGUUACUAUUUGAGUGUCAUUAGUGCUGCUGGACUAUGGAUGAUUUGCUAGCACGUUGCAUACUCUUCUGGAUUCUCAAUUUGAUGUUGAUGUUGGUGAAAUCAUGAGUUGGUAUCCAUUGCAUUUACUGCAGACUCACAGAGUGGUAGCUGGAGUUUGCUUCUUAUCACGAUGGAAACUGUAUAGGAUUUAAAAAUCAUUGUUCCUUUUGCAUUCACUCUUCAGCGAAAGUUGGAUUUGAAUUGAA